AUGACUGCUGGUGUUGGUACGAUGCUAUGGAUGGCACCCGAAGUAAUGAUGGCCAAGCAUUACGACGAGAAGGCGGAUAUCUUCUCGUUUGGUGUUAUUCUGUCAGAACUGGAUUUGCAGUCGCUGCCGUACGCUCAUGCAAGGUACGACACAGUGUCUGGGAAGAAGGCCCCGGAUGCGGUUGUAAUUCAGAAAGUGGCAUCGGACGAGCUACAAGUGGCCUUUUCGCCCGACUGUAGCGUCGCUGGUGCAGCUGGGGAACGAGUGCGUCUCGCUAGACCCAUCGGUUCGACCAUCCGCCCCGAUAGUUGUUUUCAGGUUGCAAACUAUCAUAAAGAAAUCCUUCGGACUUUAACUGCAAUAGUCAUUUGUGCGAUGGAUAAGCAAAGUGAUGCAGCAUUAAUGCAUUGCACCAACUCAUAUCCUCGUUUCGCGAAUAACCACGUCAUCACACUUUCAGCUUUUUAUAAAGAUGACUGGCAGCUUUUCAUUAACCAAUAG